AUGAAGUUCAAGAUUUCAAUGUUGUGUGUAUUGCUUGUACCAAGUAUUGUGUCUUUUAGUUCUCAUCAGACUCAACGUUCUUCAUUAUGGAAAGAAUUUGACCAAUCAAUUGAAAGAAUAAGACGUAUUGUAAAUGGCAAUACCGCUGACCUUCAUGAAUGGCCGUGGCAAGUCUCUAUUGAAAGACACAACAGUCAUAUCUGUGGCGGAUCGCUCAUCAAAAAACAAUGGGUCCUGACUGCAGCUCAUUGUAUUGAGACAGAUUCAAUAGAACAAUACGGCGUGGUUGUAGGUGUUCAUCAACGUACAGGUGUAACUGACGUACAAGAAAAGCUUGGCAUCACAAAAAUCAUACGCCAUAAAGGAUAUAACUCGGUAACCCACGCUAACGACAUCGCUUUGUUAAAACUUGAAAGACCGAUUGAACAGAGUAAAGGUGUGAAGAUCAUUUCAUUACCUGAACAAGGACAAAGAGUAGAGAUUGGAACCAAGUGUUAUAUCACAGGGUGGGGACGAAAUGAGGCCAGGCAAUCCAUGAACGUUUUACAAGAAGCUGAGCUGAAAAUAGAUGACUUUAAUACAUGCUAUAACCGAAUGAGCGGUGUUCAGCGAGUAGACGAGGAGUCCAUGAUAUGCGCCAUUGGUGAUGGCAAAGGAGGUUGUCAAGGAGACAGUGGUGGCCCCUUGUCUUGUCUAGAGGGGGGUCAUUGGAUUCUAAGAGGGGUUGUAAGCUGGGGACAUCAGUGUUCUCCUGACUAUCAUACAGUGUUUGCGCGUGUCAGUACUUUUGUUGAUUGGAUCGACACGUACGUAGACUGUACAGACAGCUAUGUUCACUGUAAGCGAUUCAGUUCAUUCUGCAGUGGCUCUCAUUAUGGAUUAUUCAUGACAACAUACUGUAAAGCCACUUGCAAACUUUGUUGUGGUCAUCGUCCAUCGGGGAUGAGAGUCAUUGGAGGAGAGACCGCUGCCCCUAAUUCAUGGCCGUGGCAGGUYUCUGUAGCGUUUGCUUCCUGGCAUGUUUGUGGUGGAUCUCUCAUCGCACCCAUGUGGGUUGUAACAGCAGCACAUUGUCUAGCUGAUUAUCCCUUUCCUGACAUGUACAAAGCUGUUUUAGGUGGUCAUAAGUUGUAUGGUGGUAACCAAUACCAGCAAAUUAUUCCAGUCAAAGCUUUACACAUCCAUAAGCUAUACAGCCCUAAGACUAUGGAGAAUGAUAUUGCAUUAUUGGARCUUAAACGACCCGUUAUCUUAAGCCCUAGGGUUAAUACAGUAUGUCUACCACAAAUGACCGAUGGACCAGCAAAUGAACAUCGAAAAUGCUACCUUACAGGCUGGGGACACACUGUUGCAAAUGGUGAAUUCGCGUCGUAUCUACAAGAAGCCAAAAUAAACAUCGUCAAYCAUGAUGAGUGUUACAAAAGAAAUAUCGCUAUCCACCCCGUGGACGAGAAAACUAUGGUCUGCGCAGGCUUCAAUCGCGACAAAGGAGGCUGCCAUGGUGACAGUGGUGGUCCGUUGGUAUGUGAGGAGGAUGGUCGUUGGCUACUGCGAGGAGUUGUAAGCUGGGGGAGGGGUGACUGCUCCCCUGAUUUCUUCACCGUCUUUGCUCGAGUAAGGAAUUAUGUUCCUUGGAUUGACAACAUUCUUCAAGGUGGAGAUGGCAGCGGUGUCAUCCAAGGCUGCCAGCUUAAAGACAGUGAGAUGUGCUCUCAUUUCCAGUCUCUAUGUAAAGUCAAUGCAGCUGUUCGUAAGAUGUGUCCUAACAUGUGUGAUUCUUGUGAUGAAAUCAAUGUUGACAAAAAYAAAUGCAAAGAAGUCCCGGAUGUGUGCUUCACUUCUGAUUGGAAAGCUCGCUGCCACCAAGAUAUUAUACAACGACUUUGCUAUAAAGUCUGCAACAAUAUUUGUCAAAGCAAAUCAUAACUAAYAGAUGUCAAUGAAAUAUUAUUUCAAACAAUGCAAAUGUAUAUUUAACGGGUAAAAUAGAUAGAUGCUUGUAAAUGGCAACAAUUAAAAAGAUCAGUCAUUCUAGAAUAUAUGAUCAACACAUAUAAUCAGGAGGUAAAGAGAUAAAUUGAUUAAUAAAGAUUGUGUUUCGUUUCAA